UCCAUUAAUCAGCUGAUUGGCAUUGGCGUUUGUUAAAUAUAAUUUGAAUUAAAUCAGAAAUUAAAUUUGUACCAAAUUGUACAAUUUGUGAGGAAGACUAACAUCCACAAUGGGCGUUCCCACGACCGAUUGGGCAAACUGGUGUCGCCUGUGCGCCCGCGACGACGUGGUUUUCAAAGUGCGCGAGCGGGACGAGGAUCUGGUGAAGAUCAUCAGGAAAUGCUUCGAUGUGGAGAUGACCCUCGAGGAGCCGGUGCUGGCCAGCAUGCUGUGCGAGGAGUGCUACUCGGUGAUUGGCCAGCUGCUCACCUUUGCCGAGAGCGUCAGCAAGAUCCAGGGCAUUUUCGAAAUUUUGCGCACCUCGGAGCCGCAGGACAGCCAGGAUGUGGACGCCCUGCGGCGUGAAUUUGGCCUGCCGCCUACCUGUAAGCUGGAAAUGGAAUUCCUGGACAUCGAUGAUCAAGAGGACAAGUUUUCCUUUGACGAUGAGGAGAUUUUUUCGGGUCAUUCCACGACACCUUCACCUGAGCUCCCAAAAAAGCGAGGUCGCCCGCGACGGAAUUCAACACGUUCCAAAUCCGAGCUGGAAGAGCAACCCAUAUCGUUGCCCACUGCUCCAUCACCAGAAGUUCAAAUAAAACGUGGGCCGAAACCAGUGAAUCUUGCUGCCCGAAAAUUGCUGCUAGAGGAUGAUAGUGAGGAGGUAGGCCUAAGCGACGAAGACACCACAUCGCCGCAGCCUGCGAAACGGAAACGAGGCAGACCCAAGGGUCCAGGCAAGCCGGAGAAGCUUAGCCACAGCCCAAAACAAUCGCCUGUCGAAACGAAAAGCAUUACUAAAUGCAAAGCAAAGGAAAAGAGGUCCGAGUGCAAAGACCGCUCCACCAGUCCGCCUGUCGACGAGUUCACCUGCAAGGUCUGCAAGGAGUCCUUCAUGUCCUUUAUGGCCCUGCGCAGCCACAAACACGACGUGCACGGCGGUCCCAAGAGAUUCGUUUGCGACAUCUGCGGCAAAGGUUUGAAGACCUUCACAUCGCUGGUGGAGCACAAGCUGGUCCACACGGAUGAGAAGCCCUGCGUGUGCCCCGUGUGCAAUGCUGCCUUCAAGAACAAGGCCAGACUUAGGGUGCACAGCCAGACGCACGGAGCGCCCCAGUUUAAAUGCGAUACCUGUGGAAAGAUGCUGCAGACCCGGGCGAAUCUGAACAAGCACAGGUAUGUGCACACCGAGGAACGACGAUUCAGGUGCGACAUUUGUGGCACCGGCAGCAAGAACUCCACAGCCCUCAAGAUCCACCUACUGAGCCACACUGGCCUCAGACCCUAUGUAUGCAAAUACUGUGACAAGGCGUUCGCGAGCAAUACCAACUGCCGUUCGCACAAGUGGAAGAAGCAUCCGGAGCAGGCGGCCAAGGAGGACGAGAGCGAAUCUACGCGUGUUGCAGUGCCCACGUUGGAAGAGCUUCGGGCCAUAACCCGCGAAAUGGCCAAAACCAGCAAGGAAGCUUAGAACGAGAACAUUCAGUUGAUUUACAUUUGAACUUUGUAUAUCCCACGUUGACAAUUAAGCUUAGAGCGAGAACAUUCAGAUAAUUUACACCUGAAAUAUAAGUUAUAUUCUGAACGAUAUUAUAUGCAAAACAACGUUUUCCAAUUAA